AUGAGUAUGGUGACAACAUCGAAGCCUGCCACAAUCACUGAGGCGAUUGAUCUAAGUGUGGCAUUAACCGAAGAGGCGAUCAGGAAGUUCUCAAACUUCAAGAAAGGCACCAGCAGUGCUAACAAGAAGAAGGAAGUAAACCCACCAGCUGAGAUCAAGACUGGUGCUGAAAACAAAGGAAAAGGGUAUAUGGGCACUCAGCCCAAAUGUGAUGUGUGCCAGUACCAUCAUGCCGGCCAAUGCAGAGUUAGGAAGUGUGAGUCUUGUGGGAAGGUUGGCCAUUCGAAGGAGACAUGCUGGGCUGGUACUGGUCGUGGUGGUCAAAGAGGUUAUGGCAAUGGAAACAAUAAUCGUGGUGGAAAUGGGUAUGGAAACCGCAAUCAAGGAAGGAAUGGCGGUAAUGGUAAUCGUAGUAAUUUUGGAAAUCAAGCCGGUAGUGGAAACCGUGGAGCAAACAACAAUCAAGGUGGUAACGGAAAUGGUAAUGGUUGA